AUGACCGAUGAAGCGCGGCGAAUGUCGAUCCGCCUCUUCGGCAUGCUCACUUCCUGGGCGCAGGAAUCCCCUGCAGCGGUAAAGCUAGCUAGAGGGGUUCAGCACCAAAACGGGUUCGAGCUGUGGCGCCUCUUGUGGCGCGAGUUUCACCCAGAGAAUCAUUCCAAAGCGUUGAUUUGGAGACGCACUUUGCUCUCCCCCAAAUUUCCAACCCGCGAGUUAGACUUCUCCUCAGCUUUGCGGGAGUGGGAAGCUGACCUUGACAGGUACGCUUCGGAGUAUGGCCCUGAUAAAGCCAUCUCCGACGAAGACAAGCGGGCAGUGGUGAUUACAGAAUCCCCAGCUGCUUUGCGGCAACACCUAGCUAUGCACGCGGCAGCCUUGACCACGUACAACCAAGUCCGCGACGUAGUCGUGUCGUACUUGCAGGCGAAGAGAGUUUGGAUGCCCAGCGCGGGGUACGCCGCCGGGUCUUCCUUCCGUAAAGACCCCAACUCAAUGGACGGCCAUGAGGUGCAGGAGUGCUGGUUCAAUGGUCAAGCCAACGGCAAGGGCAAACCUCAGGAUGCGCAUGUCUCUUUCCAGGUUGUUGAUGGCAUCUCUGAAGAUAUCCUGUCCAUCAACAGGGCCGUGGAUCAGGGAGCAACAUUUCAUUUCAGCUCUUCGGAAAGCUGGAUGGAGUGGCCUGAUGGAGCAAGAGCGGAUUUCCGCCGGGAAGGCAACCAGUUUGUUUUGCCAUACAGGGAGCUCACCAACUCAGGCGGCUCGGACAAUGCCCAGAGCAGAGUUGCCCCGGUUGAGAUUCCCAUGGACGAUGUUGAAGCUCAGGAAGUUGAAGCGUUCGCCCAAAGGGAGCAGCAAGCAGCUGAGGACCAAGCUGAGUGGGCAGAGCUUGCUGGCCAAGACCAGGAAGAGCCCGUCGCUUCGGAACAACGUGCCGAAGUGCGCCAUCCUCAGCCGCGAGCCCCGCCGUCGACAGCGGAGCCGUCUCCACAGGAGCGAGCCCGCCACAUGCUCACACACUUGCCUUACCAGGCUUGGUGCCCAGACUGCCUGAGCGGCAAGGGGCGCGAAAACCCCCAUACUCGUCAUGACUGCGAUGCCGGAGUUCAGAAAAUGCAAAUGGACUAUUUGUUCUUUGGGCGUGAUGGUGAGCUGGUCGAGAAUGAGGCAGCAUUGGUCACCGUCUUGGUCUUGACGGACAGGGUGACAGGGUUCCCCCUUGCGCUGCCCAUUCCUCGGAAAGGUUUGGAGCACAGCGCCCACGUACUACAAGCCGUGGAGUUUUACUUGGAAAACCUUGGGCAUGACCGGGCGAUCCUUCAGAUCGAUCAGGAAAACCAAAUCCGCUCAGUGGCUUACGCAAUUCGACGGCACAUGGGUGCCUCUAGAGUUCGCGUGCGGGAAUCCCCGCCGCGCUCCCACCAAUCACAGGGCGCUGUGGAAAGUAUGAACAAGUUCAUUGCGGGUCAGGUCAGGACCUUGCUGGCUGACAUUCGAGCUCGCUACCCCGACGAGAAGCUUGUACGGACCAAGGACGGUCAAACGCCGUUUCGCUUGGCGAACGGCGUUGACUACACGCAGCCAAUCUUCCAGUUCGGCGAGACUGUCAUGGCUAAGCUCCCCAAGCCUGGCUCCAAAUCUCAAGUUCGAUGGGUCAAAGGCAUUUGGGCUGGAAAGCUGGAACGCGAUGAUACUCACGUGCUGCUUACGCCGGCUGGCGCUUUGAGCGUGCGGAGUGUGCGGAGACUCCCCGCCCCCGCGCAAGCACAGCUACAAACAAUGAAAGAAGCUUGUGGCCUGCCGUGGGGCCCCAGGCACGGGCGCCGAGUACGCGUGCAGGAUCCGGAAAAAUCUCAGGUUGUCGUCUUGCCUCUUCCCACGGUGCAGCCAUCGCGGCCUGACAGCCAGCUGUCGGACUUCAGCCCCAGUGUGCUUCCAGGAGAUGGAGAAGAUGCUGCUGCCCCGUUGCUUGCCCAAGACGGUGCAGGGGUCGACCAUGAAGCCAACGCGGUCGAGGGCUAUGCGCAAGCUGAGGAGUUGGAAGACGCACUCCUGCCUGAAAGCGAGGGAGCUGGAGCGGGCAGCGCCGCCCAGCCCGAGCUUGCAGACCCGACCACGCCUGCGAACGCAAACGCAGAUGGCACGCAAGCCGCUCAAAGUGUUCAAUGGGGCAUCUACAAGAGCAGGUUCACCUGUGCAGAUGUCAAAGCCAGAUACAGUCCUGAGCAGGAACAAGACAUGAACGUGUUUGUUCCCAUAGUUGCCGCAUUCCUGAUCGGGACGGACCGUGGGGCUCAGCAAGGAAAGCCGGUGUACAUUCGAGCGCCGCCAGAGUGGUGGGACAUCUUUGUUGAGUGGUCCGACCAACUUCCAAAGGCAGAGCGGGAGCUGUACAAGACGCGCUUUCGUGACGUUUGGCUUCGGCUUGACGGAGACCUUUAUGGUCGUCGGACAGCCGGCAGUGUUUACAGGGAUGAACUUGAAGAGGUGCUCGGGAAGCUCCGACCCCGCUUCGAGUUCAAGCGAGGCGUCAAAGACCCAUGCGUGUACUACUGCAGUCGCACGGAUGUCACGUUGCUUCACCACAUCGAUGACAUUCGGUGCGUAGGCCCAGACAACCAAAUCAACUACUUCAUUGAUGAGGAAAUCCCCAAACACUGUGAAAUUGAGGCUGGGCCACUUGAGAGCCAAGGCAUCGCAGUUGAAGUGCUGGGCCGUCCCAAGAUUCGUCUUGAGGACGCCAUACUGACAGUCCCAGAUGAAAAACAUGCCCGCAAUGUCAUUGCAGCCCUUGGGUUGCAACCCGGGGACAAGUCGCAAGUGCCUUCCAAACCACUAGACCUCACUCAGAAAGAGGAACUGGAUGGCGAGCGAACUGCAAAAUAUCGCUCAGCCGUGGGCAGUGCAAUAUUCUUGUCAGCAGAUCGACGGGAUGUUCAAUAUGCUACAAAGGAGCUUGCCAGACGCAUGGCUCGCCCUCGCGAGUGCGACUGGCAGGCGGCCGCCACACUGGCUGCCUACUUGCAGUCGCAUCUCAGCUUCGUCCGCGCGCAACGGCACGAGGUCAAGUCGACGUCGGCAAGUACCAAAAACGAAACGACCAGCAAAAAGCUGCGGGCUGUGCGCCCCUGGCAGCCGAUGAUGCCGGCACGGGUGUCCACGACUAUGUUGCCACCGCGUUUGUAA